CGGUGCCGCCGGCUCCGUAGCCGCGGGCAGGGCUGGCAGCCGAGCGCACGGAGGGACGCGCUCGCUUCGCCCGUGGCGGUGGGAAAUAGCUGGUGGUCACCAAAACCCUGGGACGCACGCUGAACCAGACAAGGGAACGACCUGGCCGGUUCCAGUUUAAGUAUGAAGUCAUGCUAGAACAGUAAGGAACGAGCAUUUGCAGUUUUCUGAGUUUUGUUUUGCGCGUUUCAUUUGCGGAGACUAGAAAGCGUAUCUAAGACUACUGAGCUGUAAAUUGAAAGGAAAAUAAUUUCUGCUUGUGGAGGAAAAGAAAGGUGAAUGACCUCAAUGGAAGACUCCCAGGAUCUAAGUGAACAGUCAGUGAAGAAGCCGUGUCCAGAGUCCGAUGGUUCAGAGCCGCAGAAUCCCAGGUCUAUGGAAAUGCAGGAUCUAGCCAGUCCUCAUAAUCUUGUUGGAAGUAGUGAUGCAGCAGGUAGUUCCAAAUUGGAUAAAUCUAAUCUCAGUAGCACAUCAGUCACAACAAAUGGAACAGGAGGAGACAACAUGACUGUGUUAAAUACUGCAGACUGGUUGCUGAGUUGCAGUACUCCCUCCUCUGCAACAAUGUCUCUUCUUGCAGUCAAAACAGAACCCAUGAACAACAGUGAAACAGCAACAACAACUGGAGAUGCAUCGCUUGACACUUUUACUGGGUCAGUAAUAACAAGUAGUGGCUACAGUCCCAGAUCAGCGCACCAGUACUCUCCACAGAUAUAUCCCUCCAAGCCCUAUCCGCACAUUCUUUCUACACCAGCAGCUCAAACAAUGUCUGCCUAUGCCGGCCAAGCGCAGUAUUCGGGAAUGCAGCAGCCCGCGGUGUACACGGCCUACUCACAGACAGGACAGCCCUACAGCCUGCCCACCUACGAUUUGGGUGUAAUGUUGCCAGGCAUCAAGACGGAAAGUGGGCUCUCGCAGACCCAAUCUCCUCUGCAGAGCGGGUGCCUCAGUUACAGCCCAGGGUUUUCCACCCCACAGCCAGGCCAAACACCCUACUCCUACCAGAUGCCAGGUUCUAGUUUCACACCAUCGUCCACUAUUUAUUCAAACAAUUCUGUUUCAAAUUCUACAAACUUCAGUAGUUCACAACAGGAUUAUUCUUCAUACACAGCUUUUGGCCAAAAUCAGUAUGCACAGUAUUACUCAGCAUCAACAUAUGGUGCAUAUAUGACCUCAAACAACACGGCUGAUGGCACUUCAUCAUCAUCAACUUACCAAUUACAGGACUCUCUCCCUGGCUUGACUAGUCAACCAGGUACAGAUCUACAUUCAGGAGAGUUUGACACAGUGCAGAGCCCCUCCACGCCAAUCAAAGAUCUUGAUGAGAGAACAUGUAGGAGUUCUGGGUCAAAGUCUCGGGGUAGAGGGCGGAAGAAUAAUCCAUCACCCCCUCCGGACAGUGACUUGGAGCGUGUAUUUGUUUGGGAUUUGGAUGAAACAAUCAUAGUUUUUCAUUCGCUGCUUACAGGAUCCUAUGCACAGAAGUAUGGCAAGGAUCCACCCAUGGCAGUGACCCUUGGACUACGAAUGGAAGAAAUGAUUUUUAAUCUUGCUGACACACAUUUAUUUUUUAAUGAUUUAGAGGAAUGCGAUCAAGUUCAUAUAGAUGAUGUUUCUUCAGAUGAUAAUGGACAAGAUCUAAGUACCUACAGUUUUGCAACUGAUGGCUUCCAUGCAGCUGCAAGUAGUGCAAACCUUUGUCUGCCAACAGGUGUAAGAGGAGGGGUUGACUGGAUGAGGAAGCUGGCUUUCCGUUACAGAAGAGUAAAAGAGUUGUAUAAUACUUACAAGAACAACAUAGGAGGACUCCUGGGUCCCGCUAAAAGAGAUGCAUGGUUGCAAUUAAGAGCAGAGAUUGAAGCUCUGACAGACUCCUGGCUUACAAAUGCACUUAAAUCAUUAUCAAUUAUCAGCACAAGGAGUAAUUGUGUAAACGUGUUGGUAACAACAACCCAGCUUAUCCCAGCACUUGCAAAAGUUCUACUAUACAGCUUAGGUGGAGCUUUUCCUAUUGAAAAUAUAUACAGUGCAACCAAAAUAGGAAAAGAAAGUUGCUUUGAACGAAUAAUGCAAAGGUUUGGCAGAAAAGUAGUGUAUGUUGUAAUUGGGGAUGGUGUAGAAGAAGAACAGGCAGCAAAAAAGCACAACAUGCCUUUCUGGAGGAUAUCCAGUCAUUCGGACCUCUUGGCUCUCCAUCAAGCACUGGAACUAGAGUAUUUGUAACUGUGUUCUAAAGCUGGUGAUCCUGUAUAUAUACAUAUAUAUAUAUACAUACAUAUAUAUAUAUAUGUAUUCAUAUUUCAAGUACACUGAAUUUUUAUGUGUGAUUCAAUGCCUCUGGCUUUACACAUAUGAAUUGUCUUAAGAAGGGAAGAAAUAUUUGGAAUUCAAAAUUCCAAACUGAAGAAUUCAGAUUGCUGAAUGGAGUUAAAGCAUUAGUGCUACGUAAGAAAGCUCUAUGGUCUUAUAUAUGCAACGUUUUUAAAUGAAUUGAAACUGUGGAGGUUGCUGGUACACACCAAGUGAGCCCUGGCAGGAGUGAACAAAGGACUCGAACUGGCAAAGCACCAAAACGCAUUUUCCAGCCAACAAGGUGGUGUUCAACAACAUUCCUCAAAAUGGGAUAUAUUCUCAGCACUGAGGUUUGAACCAGACUUUAGCCUACCUAACCCAAAAAAUCUGAAUUGGAAUGCACUCAGACUGUAUAAUGACAAUCCUGUCUAGACGUGUAAUUUGUGUAAAUUAUUGAUGAAAAUAAUUUACUGUGACUUUAUUAGCAGCUGAUUUUGGAAGUGGAUGCAAUUUUUCUUUCUUUUUUUUUUUGGGGUGGGGGUAGGGGAGGGAAAGGGUUAUAUAAUAUUGUCUCUUUUAUAAGUUUGGCAAACAGAAUGUGCAUAUGAUGUGUUGUGCCUUAAAGAGAAGACUGUGUUUGUGUGUUAUAAUGUAAUUUUGGUUAAAAACUCUGUAGAUAAACAAAAAAACCUUUGUGAUAAUUUUUGACAUGACCAAAUUUGAAAUUCAAAGAAAUCAAAGAGCAGGGCUGCACCAAAGAAUUUAAGUAUUUGUUGCAGUAAGAAAAAAUAAUAAAGGAAAGUUUGUGUUUUUA